AUGACACCGGCAGAGGCAUCCAAGAAAAAAAAUGAGAAUGCUGUCUUUCUGAAACUUUACGGUGAUGAUUUGAGUAGACUGCAAGAGAGACCAAAGUUUGCAGUUGGUGAUCAUGUUAGAAUCUCUAAAUUCAAACGAAAAGUGUUUGAGAAAGGAUUUACCCCGAAUUGGACAGAAGAGAUUUUUGUUGUUGACGAGGUACAAUAUUCCAACCCGAUCACUUACAAGUUAAAAGAUCUACUCGGAGAAGAGAUCAAAGGUUCUUUUUACGAACAAGAGAUGUUGAGAGCAAAACAAGUUGUUUUCCGCAUUGAGAAGGUUAUUCGAAAGAGUAAAGGAAAGGCUCUCGUGAAGUGGAGUGGUUAUCCAGAAAAAUUCAACUCAUGGAUUGAUGAGAGUGAGCUUCAAAAAAUAUAA